CAUCACUCCGCGUGGAACGGUAGGAACGGACCAGGGAAUUCAGUUGUCUUAUUGCUUUACACAAGAGCUGUGAUCGGCAAAAUGUUCUCAAACGGAAGUAAGGAUGACAGCCAACGCGUGAACGCAACGCCGCUUGCGACACAACCUCCAAAAGAGAAAGAGGCGGGAAGCGACAAAUGUUUAAUGAGUGAUCGGCGUGAAGUGGGCGUAACUUUGAGAAACACUAAACCAAAACCAAAAAAAGUUAGGAGUGCUAUUCCAAAGCACAGACAAGAGUUGUUAAAGUGGAAUGGUUGGGGUUACAAGGACUCUCAGUUUGUAGUUAAAGAUGGGAUAAUCCAUUUCACAGGAAGCCGGUAUCCAAUAGGUGAUGUACCCCUUCCAUAUUUCACAGAAUGGGUAAAGGAUGUACUGGAUGUAAACCUUGAUAUCAAACGAGAAUCACAGUCUUUAAUAAGAGCCAAGGACUAUCCAGAGCCACAUUUGGAUAAAGCAUUUCUUUCAGAAAUUCAAGAAUUAGGUAUCAGUCACUCAAUAGAAGACGUGGAUCGUUUGAUAAGAGCUCAUGGGCACACUCUUCAUGAUAUUUAUAUUCUGAGAGCUGGAAAAUUUGACCGUAUACCUGACAUUGUUGUUUGGCCAGAAAGCCAUGAGGCUGUCGUGCAGUUAGUGGAACUAGCAAACAAGUACAAUGUUGUUAUAAUUCCAUUUGGCGGUGGAACAAGUGUGUCAGGAGCAGUUUCCUGUCCUAGUCAAGAACGGCGGACUAUUAUGUCAUUGGACACUUCACAAAUGAAUCGGAUACUGUGGCUGGACCGAAAUAAUUUACUUGUGUGUUGUGAAGCUGGUAUUAUUGGUCAAGACCUAGAGAGGGAGCUACAGUCACAAGGAUUCACUGCAGGGCAUGAACCUGACUCCUAUGAAUUCUCAAGUUUAGGUGGAUGGGUUGCUACACGGGCGUCAGGAAUGAAAAAGAAUGUAUAUGGAAAUAUUGAAGACCUGCUUGUACAUGUAAAACUGGUUACCUCAAGAGGAGUUCUUGAAAAGAGUGGCCAGGUUCCCAGAAUGUCUUGUGGACCAGAUUUCAAUCAUGUUGUGUUAGGAUCUGAAGGAACUCUUGGUGUCAUCACUGAAGUUGUAAUUAAGACAAGACCUCUCCCAGAGUGCAAAAGAUAUGGCUCUAUUGUGUUCCCAGAUUUUGAAUCUGGUGUAGCGUGCAUGAGGGAAAUUGCAUUGCAGCGGUGCCAGCCUGCUUCUGUCCGCCUAAUGGAUAAUGAACAAUUUAAAUUUGGUCAGUCAUUAAGGCAGCCUACAGGGUAUAUGGGACUGUUGCUUGAGGGUCUGAAGAAACUUUACAUCACUAAAAUAAAAGGAUUUGAUUUAGAUACCCUGUGUGUUGCUACACUGUUGUUUGAGGGUGACAGAAAAACUGUUGAAUCCCAAGAGAAAAGAAUAUAUGAAAUAGCAGAUCAUUUUGGAGGAGUACCUGCAGGAGAAAAGAAUGGUGAAAGAGGAUACAUGUUGACAUUUGUGAUAGCCUAUAUCCGAGAUCUUGGGCUAGAAUACAAUGUAGUUGCAGAAUCGUUUGAAACAUCUGUUCCUUGGGAUCGAACAUUAUCAUUAUGCAAUAAUGUGAAACAUCGUCUGUCUCAAGAAUGUCAAGAUCAUGGAAUUAAAAAGUUCCUGAUAUCGUGCCGUGUUACCCAGACAUAUGAUGCAGGCUGCUGUGUGUAUUUUUACUUCGGUUUCAGCAGCAAAGGACUUGCAGAUCCUCUUGCAACAUAUGAGUUACUCGAAGAGCAUGCAAGAGAUGAAAUCCUGGCUUCUGGGGGCAGUAUAUCACAUCACCAUGGUGUUGGCAAACUACGUGCUAAAUGGUUUCCUCAUCAGGUGUCAGAGACUGGUGUUGAACUGUACCAAGCAACCAAAAAAGAACUUGACCCUAAGAAUAUAUUUGCAAAUGGUAAUUUAACUUUCCGCAGCAAACUUUGAAGCACAAAGUAUACUGAGAUUUGUCAGUAUCUGAUGAUGUGAAGUUGUGGUCUUGCUAUGUUUACUGAUAAGACUAGUCAAUGUAAUGUUAUUGAAAUGGUAAAAGACAGUAAGUUUAUGAUAUGCAAAGUUUUACAGAGAGACUGUGUGUGUGUGUGUGUGUGUGUGUGUGUGUGUGUGUGUGUGUGUGUAUGACAUUAGAUAAUGUGUAUACUGCUGAAUGUAAAUCACUUGCUGCUUUUGUAUUAUUAAUCAUUUGUUUAGCUAUUUUAAAGGAACGUUUUUGGCAGUUGCACUGGCCAGAGUUAAAAUACUGGCAAAUACUGUGCUGUUUUUCUUAAAAGGUCACAGCUUUUGCAAUACACGAAGAAUAGUUAAUUAACUAAUACAUUCAAGUUUGACUAGAAUUCACUUUUUACCUGAUGGGUAAAAGGAAUUCAUGUAACAUGUCUCCAAUACAGAAUUCCACCUGUAUUUUAAAAGCAGCCUCCCAAGUUUAACUUAGCUGAAAACCAUAAUACGUGCCAAUGAUACUGUUUGACAUGAGUGUUUUUGGAACUGAACUUAUAAUGCAGUUGUACUUUCUGAAAAUGGGUAACUGCCUAAAGAACUCUUUUUGCUUUGGUUGUAUUUAUAAUUUCCAGCAAACACAAAAGCAAUUUCUUGUUUGGAACUAGUGCAGCAACUCAUAGAGGUCCAGUGUGGGCUGUAAUUAUCUUUUGGCAAUGAAACUUGGUAGACAUUCUAAUGCAUUAAUGUGGAAGCGAUUCGCACUGGAGAAAACUUAGUUCCAAAUGGCAACCAGUUGCUAGCCUGGUGCUGUGAAUGCAAGAAAGAUAUAUACAGGUGGACUAGAAAUGGGAUGUGGUCAGAAAAGGUCAAACAAGUGAGAAAGGCAUAAUGUUGAUUUUAUUAUUAACUGCCACUUACACAAUUUGUUCAAUGUGAGCUGUGGAGACGUCGAUGAGAUGCCUGGAGACGUCGAUGAGAUGCUGUACAGCAGCAGAUUUGCACUUAGUGGCCAAAAUUGGAACUAAUUUUUUUCCAGCAUAAAUUGGUUCUCCACUAACACAUUAGCAUAUCUAUCAAGUUUCUCUGCCAUACAGUAAUUACAGCCCGCACUGGACAUCCAGUAAUGGCACUUUAAUAAUAACCACCUGGUGGUUGUUGAAAUUAAUUAACUUGUGUUCCAGAUUAGUGAUAGUGAUGAAAGGGGAUGGAAUGAGAGGGUACACUAACCCGCUCAGUACUACAUAUUUAUGUGAGGCAGUUCCUUUCCCAAUCUUCUGCCCCCAUCUUACACACAAAGAAAAUGUAACAGCAUUUAUGAGGUGUUUUUGAAGCUUUAAAAUGGUUAAUUCUUCAUGUUCGAGGCAGGAGGGUGUGUAGAAGAGUAAUAUGAAAUAGAAAAUUACAACCAAAGUAGUGCAAAGGGCUAUUAGAUAGUUGGAAAUUAUGGUCCCAUCUUCUAAGGGGUUCUGAAGAGAAAAGAAAUGUUCUUAUCAUGGAAGGCAAUUUUUCCCUCAAAGUAAAGCUGCCAGCCUCCAAAAGAUUAAUUUGGAACAUCACGUAGCUUUACCACUCGAGGGUCUCUUUGAUGUGGUGUAAUUACCUUUUCCUGUCAUGACAACUAGCUUACCCAUCCACUAAUGCAGGCAGUUCCAAUCCUCAGGCAAUAAAGAUUCUUUUUAAUAGAUCAUCACCGAAAGGUAACUUCUUAGAGCCACUCCCCAUCAUUCAUGUCAUGAUGUAAACAAAUAGCACACGAAAAGAAUUAGUCCUUAUUUAAAAUGAAGUGGUAGCAGAACCACACCACACGCAGAAAGGUGGUUGAGUGGCAGCAGGUUGCCACUCAACAAUCUUCCUGCAUGUGGCAAAGGAAAUAAGGACUAACACUUUUAGCAUGCUAUUUGUUUACAACAUGACAUGAAUGAUUGGGAGUGGCUCUUAGGUAUUCACCUAUUGCCAUUGUUGUGUGCAUGCGCAAACUGUUUGGUCACCCCUUGCCCGUGUGCACACAUGUGUUAUGACCUGGCUGCAAGACUACCUCUGCAUCUAUUGUUUGCCCACAUGGGCCCAGCAGCGGCUCAGGUAGGCGUGUAUGCUGGAGCAGCCUACACUAAAGGAUCAAUAAGUGUUUAAUACAUAAGCUGACUUCCAGUGCAGUUAGCUUACACAUAUCACUUGUAGGAAGUAUUGCCAGAAUUGAUGCUCAUCUUUACAAAAAAGACAGUGUGGAUGGAAUGGAAACAUGGAUCUGUGAAUUUUUAGUCAGAGGUUCACCUGCUCAGACACCAAACCAUAUUAGAUGCUCUUCAUUGUAAAAUCUUCUAAUUACUGAUAUGCAAUUUUCCCCUUACUAUAAUCUUCUUGUAAAAUGCCUAGGACAGUUGCAUAUGCGAUAACUGUGCUCUCUCUAUGUAUGUUAAUAGAAAUUAGAUUAUCCUGAAUUAGGAGCAUAGAGGAUUGGCGUUGUGAUGUUUUACGUUGUUCCUCACUGUUCAUCACCAUUACAGGAUAACCAACAAGUUAAGUACAGCUGGUGAAUGUACCUUUGCAUAUUGUGUGAUAUGUUGAAGAGGAAAACAGUUCAAUUCGAAAGAACUGGUUGAUUGCCCUAAGAUAUGAUGCACAGUCUAGACAAUGUUUUCUCAUUUGGGAGGAGUGGGGGUUCAAAAUCAUCUCUGGUCAUCCUGAUACAGUUUUUGUGCCCUUUCUGUAAAUCAUGUCAGUCAAAUGCCAAAAAAAUGUUGGCUGAUAUUCUACCUCAUCCUUCUCCAAUUUAGUGUUUUUGCACACAGCUUUUAGAGUGUUUCUAAUUUAUGUUGCCAUUAUUUGUUUAAAAUCAGAGCUUGUCUUCAGAUGGUGGCAUACAUUUCUUGUACAUAAUUUAUUAAGUGGCUUUGAUGUGGCCUUAAACUGGUCAUGACCAAAAAAUGCAUAGAUUUUUAAUAAUUUGUAAGUGAUCAUUAUGUUUAGUUUCUUUUCCCUCUCCCCUCCUACUCUCUCAUAAUCAUCUCUCUGAACAGUCAUAGAGGCUUACAGCUGCCACAAAUAAAAUGUUGCAAUUUAGUUUUCUGCCCUAUUUACAAAGUGGCAGGAUAAACUGAAUAUUCAUUGUGAGUGAAUGUGUUGAGUGUGUGAAUUGUAGAAGAAAUGUAUGUGAACAGAAUACCAACUUUUUCACAUUUAUUCUUAAAUUUAUAUGUCUGGUUUUUUUAAGAAUGGGGAAAAGGAGUAGUACAUCCUCAGAGUAAGUGAUUAUCACUGCACUACUUUCUUUCCAAUAGUUGAAGAAAUAUGAGUAUCUGACUCUACUGUGUUCAUUUUGCCACAUUAUUUCAUUGAUGAAAUGGAUAACUACCCUUUAAUUUGUCAGAAGAUUGUGCAUAUUUGUGAAUAAAUCUUGUACUUGCCAGUUCCACAUCUUAACACACAGUCUGUUUGACAAAACUAAAUAAAAAAAAAAAAAAGAAGAAGAAGAAGAAAUCUGUCACAAGUUACUUGCCACAUACAUUUGCGGCUUUUUCUUUAAAGAAAUGUCAUCUGGAGUAAGCUAUUGUCAUUAAUUUUAUUGAAAUGACAUUUUAUGAAUGUGACAGAGUUCUGAUUUUACAGCGUUAACAUAGAUUUAUAUCUACUGCAAUGAUAUUGUAAUUCUGAAACCAUAUUUUAAAAAUAUUACAAUUAUUAUUGUAGGAAUCCUUCAAGAUUUACUUCUUAUCUAUUGAAAUUAGCUUUGUGUGUGAAUUAAACAUUAUUAUUGAUUAUUUGCAUCACAAUAUUUGUCUUAUAAUAUAUAUUUAUAUAAAAUUAUUAGGUUUAAAACUUUAAGUGUAUGCCUUGACACAUGCUCUGUUUGCCUCAGUAUAUUUCAGUUAUAUGUUUAACUGUGAUGUAAACUCUGCCGAAUGUAGUACAAUUUCUAAAAACUCAUUUUCUUUACACUUAGUUUGCACUAAGUCUCCUUUAAGGUGUUCGCUGCACCUGAUUUGAAAUUUAUUUUACUGAUAGGAAUGCAUAAUUGUAUGAAUGCUUGAAUGCUAGACUGCAAUUUUUUGUUGUUGUAAAACCAGUCAAUUUUUGUAAAAUCACUUCUUGCCAGAAAUAAAAUAGUAAAAAUGUA